AAAUUCAAGCUGCUCCCACCGCAACUUGAUCCCUUUUUUGUGGUGUUUCUCCCACCAGUCCAGGAGCAUACAGUCAGCCAACCCUCGACACAUUGUCUUUUCUCUUCUGUAUAUCCUACUCAUCAUGGCGUCCACAUGCUCUUCGGUUAGAGCUUUCGUCAUCCUUUUGAUAUCUGUCAUUAUAUUGUUGGAGUUAGUCACCGGCCAACCAGUUGACCCGUAUUUCUCUGGACCAGGAGCGGCCACUGAAAAUCGGGGAUCUCCUGCCUCCCCUUUGCCAUCGACUACAGGGCGUUGUGAUACAUCCUACUUCGCUCUCUUCAGUUUCCCUGGCAACCGUGCUUCCUUCAACAAACGUGAAGAUGCAGCUGCGGAUGUGCACCGGAUUUAUGCCCGGGCUUUAGAGAGUGAGCAUCAGGGCUUGUCAAGCCGCGAGAAGCUAAUUAUCGGCCUUGCUGCGGGAAUUGGUGGAUUGUGUGUUCUUCUGAGUAUCCUGGUCAUCGCCCGGUAUCAAAAAAAGCGGUACCGGGCCAUCCCAUUGAGAUUCACGCGCAAAGGUACCCAAAGGAAUCUCAGAAGUCCACAGCCAGAAAAUACCUUCAGACGACAUCAUGAAUCGAUGCGUUCCAUAGGGACACCGAAAACCAACUUGCAGGUAUUCUACGACCCGGAAGGCGCCCUCUAUCAGACCUGUCCGUACCACCCAGGCCUUCCAAGUCCUUUGACUUCUUAUUACCAGCCAGUCGAGGUAUAUCGCACUCUCAUGCGAUCAACUAAACAGCCCCGCCAUCCUCCCUCGCCUGUCUCUCAGCCCGCCUUAAGCCCCGCGACGCAGGCCGCCCACCAUGACUCUAGCCCUCAACAUGUUCAGUAUCUUUCUGAACCUCCUAGCCCCUCCGAUUCUGCGAUAUCCCCCAGAACUAUACCUCCGCGGCCUAGACGUGCGAUAUAUGCCCCACAACCCCAGCGCGCGGGACUUCCCAACAAUAUGCGUCAAAGUUUAGGCAUGGGAAUUUGUCACCCACCACCUGCGAAGUUGCGACCUCUGCCUCUAAGAGAAUAUUCCGGGGUCAACCCGCACCGAUACGGCUUCCCUACUUAG